CCAUGCCUUACAUCAUCAACGGCUACGUAUCCCUCCAUUCUCUAACCUGAUCCGUUGUUUUUCUCCCGCUCUGUCUCUCUUUCAAAAUGCUCGUAAGUCUUUCUUCUUCUGUUUCUGCAAUCUCACAGAAAGCGAGCGGCCAUGGCUUCUCGCUCUCGUCCUCUACCUCCAUGUUUAAUGCUUCGUUGAAGAGCUCGAAGGUGAGGACUUCGUCCUUUGUCCGAGAGCUAUAUCCAAAGAGAAGCGUGGGUAAUGGGGCUCUGGUUUCUGCUUCAAAGGAGGAUAACCACUCUCUCACAUUGGACAUGGUCUUUGAACCUUUUGAAGAGGUGAAGAAGGAGCUCCUCUUGGUCCCCGAUAAUCCUCAGGCAUCUCUCGCUCGCCAAAAGUACACUGACCAGUGUGAAGCAAUCGUCAAUGAGCAGAUCAAUGUGGAAUACAACGUUUCCUAUGUGUAUCAUGCCAUAUAUGCCUACUUUGACAGAGACAAUGUGGCUCUCAAGGGCUUCGCCAAGUUUUUCAAGGAUUCAAGUAUAGAAGAGAGGCAGCAUGCUGAAAAACUGAUGGAAUAUCAGAAUAAGCGAGGAGGAAAGGUUAAGCUCCAAUCAAUGCUGAUGCCUUUGUCAGAAUUUGAUCAUGCGGAAAAAGGCGAUGCAUUGCAUUCAAUGGAGCUAGCAUUGUCUCUGGAAAAGCUGAACAACGAAAAACUUCUAAAUUUACACAGAAUAGCUAAUGAAAACAAUGAUGUGAAUCUGGUGGAUUUUGUUGAAAGCGAGUUCCUGACUGAACAGGCAGAAGCUAUUGAGAAAAUCUCAGAAUAUGUAGCUCAGCUAAGAAGGGUGGGCAAAGGACUUGGUGUUUGGCACUUCGAUCAAAUGCUUCUCCACGAUGUGGUCACUGCAUGAUGAGCUAUACACGCCAUUCUUUGUGGGUACCAGUGCUAAAUGUGAUCUUUCAGAUUUCUUUAGUUUUCUGAUUAUGAGUACUUGACAGUGGCCAUGGCUAGAAUGUUGAGCAAGAAAAACACUAAUAAGGUUGUGGAAACUUCAAAAUUGGAUCUUCACUCAAACAUGAUAGCCUAAUUAAGGUUUCAAAA